AUGUUUGUCUGCGGUGCCUGGGGACAAGCCCUCUUCGUGGUGUCUGGACACGCCUCCCACCAACACGAUGGAUGCGAGGGACCCGGAAGAAACAUACAUCUCGGUGCUGCCAUGCAUGCGGCAUUGCGGUGCCUCAGCAUGCGGGUGCGUCUGAGAGUGACUGAAGAGGGUAAUGCCCGUUGUGCCCCAUGCACGGACGGAGCGACGAUGACGUGGGUUGCUCCGCCCUACGACGAAGGAAAAGCUAUUUUCCGUGACCACGCGCAGGUGUGCACGAUAUCCGCCACCAGCGACAGCCUGCUUCCAGUGGUUCCGUGGGGUGGCGAGGAGAGAGUGUAUGGAGCAGGACGGUCUCACCGGCAUAUACUGAACAAGCUUUGCUACGGGCGUCCGUCCCCGAUCCAGAGAGCAUUGGGACCGGCCGUGGCACACCACCGAAGUAUGUGGACACGGCUGCUCCCAGAAGCAUCCGUCGCCAGAGGAGAAGGAAGUCGCCUCCGGUGCCACGACGACAACGGAGUGCGCUUGCCCAGCGACCUCGCGGGCGCGCCGCAGGAGGCGGAGAAGGAGUGCGAUCUUCCGGACAUCGACUAUGUGGCCGCCGAUGGUGUGACGUCUGUUGUCGGACAAUCAUUAGGAGAUGAGGCCGCCAGCGACAAGGCCGGUGGCGGUGCCACAGCCACGGGACCCAGGAGCCCUGAUGCCGCUGGUGCCGCGCAAGGCGCCGUGGACCCUCCGCCGAGGGAGGAUGACGCGGCGGUGGGGUGCGGGGGUUGGGAGGCAGACAUGAAGGACGCCCCGCCUCCGAUCCACGGCAGUAACACUGCGGCUGCUGCUUGUCCCUUUCCGCUGCUUCUUCUGCUUGCCGCUGCCGCCGCGGUGGCAACACUCAGCAGUGGGUGCAAGAGAGAGAGGCCUAUAUCAACUGGCAUGUCCCUAUCAGUAUAUACAUACACUCUGCUUGUCCGUAUACUUUGUACCAGGGACAUGCUGUAUGCACUCUCCCUCUUUUGUUGUUCGCUGAUGUGGCGGCACCACGCAUGUAUUAUGGGUUGGGAUAAGAAAUUGUUUGACUUCUUCUGGAGGAUAUCGUGCUGUGUUUGUGUGCGUGUGCGAGGGAUCUGUGUGGUUUUGAUUUCCCUAUUUUUAUUUACCUGCUUUGGCAUUGUGUAA